CGCGUGCGUGAUAAAAAAUUUCUCCUGCACACUGCUGAGCGCUCAUUCUCAAGAAUGCGAGCCUCCAUGUUUUCACUGGUUCGAGUUUUGCCACGGUCAAGUGUGCCGAAGGCCGCUGUCAUUGAGAGACCCAAGUCUGAGAUCCGGAUCGAGGGCCCAUCCCUCAUCCGAGAGCUCGUCGCGCGACAGGAAGCUGCAGGCGAGAAUUGGCCACCAAACCUCCGGAUAGAAACAUUUGAGGAUAAGAAGCCCGAUUGGGUAGGCGUGAAGGGCAGAGUACGGCAGGCGUUGAAGAAAUGGAUUAAGGAACGAUGACACAGUUGUUCUGUCUUCCAUAAGCGCCGACUCCCCCAACGUUAUUUAAAGAAUCCAUUUAUGAUCAACAAAGUCAUGAAGGCGCCGCAAACAGGUUCUUUCCACGAUGAUUCACAGAAGCGAAUUCCAGACGCGAGUCCAUCUCGUCGAUUGUUCUGAUGGAUUGGGGUAGGGAGGAGCAGCAAGUUUGAGCGUGAUGCC